AUGUCAGAGAAAGAUAUAGGUUGGGAUUUUCACCUCCGAAAGCUCUCCGUUAGUGGCAGAGACUCCAACACCGCCAACGAUCCCGCUUCUGAUCCUUCUCUUCUUCCUUCCGUGAAGAAACUUCAUGAAUUAUGCAAGACGGAAAAUUCGGAGGACUUGGUGGCUAGGGUUUAUCCCUCCAUUAACAAGAUUUUCCAGCGAGCUGUCGCUUCCCUCCCUCAAUCUCGAACCUCCAAUGGCAUUCUUUUACUCGCAAUUCUUCAGUUUUACCUAGACUUUGGGGAGGUUGUUCUUCACGAUGCUGAUCCUAGUCUUAGGACAUUUUUUCGGUCGUGCUUGAGCAGGGAGUUUGCUGAUCCUGUUGUUGCGCAAGCAACGCUUGAAUUUCUCAUCAACAACAAGAAGAAGCUUCUAACUUCCUUCCCUAACUUAUUACCACAGUUGAUUGCUUGGAAUGGUGAAAGAUUAGAGAAACUAUUUUUGAAAGCCUUUCCUGGCUUGAUGUCACCUGGGUCAUUUCUUCCCUUAUUUCCAUCUUUAGUAGACUUGCCAAUUUUGGUAGUAGCAUUGGAAAAGGUGGAAAAAAGCUCAGGACCCCUAAUUGGGAGCAGCAUAGCUUCUAUUCAGAAAAACACUGCCCCUAAGAUGCUACUUGCCCUUAUGGAUGAGGCAUAUACUGGUUCAACUAUCGAAGAUGGUGGAGGAGAUUCUGAAUCCGAGGAUAAUAGCUCAAUUGAUGUAGCUGAUCCUUUGUUCCUUGAACUUUUAAAGGAUGAAAAUGAUGGUAUCGCUGAGCGUCCCUGGUCAUCUCCAGUGAUGGGUGCAAUAUUACAGGCUUCAGUCAAUAGUCCUUACUCUGAUAAGCUGAAAGCAGUACUCAGCAUGACUCCUCGUCUUCUUGAUGUGUACUUCUCCAUAGCAUUGGAUACAGUCAAUAAUUCUUUGAUUUGUGCAUUGAUUCCCCUGCUUAUGUCAAGAUUUGCUACAAUAUUUCCAGACAAAAUAUUUUUAUAUGAGGUUCGCAAGCGGCUUUUGGAGUUUAUGCUCUCUACAUUUCAGCGUUCACCUAACUUCAUUGCCCUUUUAAAGAAGCCUAUAAUGGACAGACUUGGAGAAGCUUAUGAUAGUCCAGACAAGACAGAAUUAGCCUUGCAAUUAUGUUGGGCCAUUGGAGAGCAUGGUGGAGGUGGUGGAUCUCACAAAGAUGAAGCCCGUGAGCUUUUUGAGAGUCUAGAACUGCUUCUGUAUGAAAACCUUUCCUCAAGUCGUGUGGGCAUGACACAGGAGGUAUCCCUUGGUUUGGAUAAGGAUACUUACAGAAGGUCAUCACAGUCCAGGCUUUUAUGUUUUGUUGUGACAGCCAUUGCAAAGCUUGCUACGCAUCAUCGAGAGUUAAUACCAAGAGCACGUGUAUCCUUGGGCAAGGUGGCUCGGUCUCGAAUUUCUGAUGCUAGAGUAUGGAGACGUGCAUGUGAUUUCCUGGGUUUGAUGAAAGACCCUGCUAUAUGCUCAGCCAUAUUGGGGCCCUCGCGACCUACGCAAGGCACCACGCAAAAAGUGGGCAGCAUAAACUGGAGUGAAGGUUCAACAAAGAUGAUUGCACAUAUUCCAUUUUAUAUUCUAGGAGAACAAGAAGGUAAAGGAUACUCUGCUCCCAUUGUCCUUCAUUGCUCUGCACAUUUUUGCAUUUGGGAUUACAUUUGA